UAAGCUUCAUUUUAGUAAAGCUUUGUUUUGUGUUUAGAAGUUACAAGCUUAAGUUUUGAGAUGCACUUUGUAGAAUCCUUUUGUUAAAUAUGAUUUCAAAAGAAGAUGGUAUAUUAUGAAAGAGUCAUCAACUAACAUUUUGGAGAUUAAUUUAAGAGAUAUAUUAGACAGCCCCAGAGUUGGUUGGAACUGGAACACUGACUGGUGAUUGCUACAAAAAUAAUUAAAUUCUGUGUGAUAUUAGAGCUCUUUACAGGUACAAGUUGUCCCCUGUGGCUCAUGUCUGGUUCAAGAAAGAUCCAUGACACAGAGCUCUGAAACUCUACCAAGAAAAGAAGAAAGAAUGAGAGAUGGAAAUUUUUAAAAAGUCUCAUAGUAAAAACUGCCCCCUGCCCACUUUAGCUUGAUGAUUAAUAAAAUUACUUAAAACAAGAAAAAAAGUAGCAACCCCAUUAAGCUGUGCCUAUAGCCAAUAAGGUAUUCCUACGAAGGGUAUCUUUAAAUGUUUGAAAAAACUACUCAGUUUUGAAACAUAUGUAUUGAUGUUCCAAUGUCACAAAUUGCAAUAUUUUAUACUAUUGCUUUCUAACUAUGUGCCCCCAAUUUCAAGAAAUCUUUCUCUAAUUCUAAGUGAGAGACUUUUUUUCAGAUUUAGUCUUUGACUUGGAAGUCGUGAGUUUUUACAGGAUGAGGAAUGAAAGCUUUCUUUUCUUAUAGAGAAUUGCCCUGUACAUAGGAUACAGUCUUUGAUUAGCACCAUGAGGCUUCUCAUUAGCAAAUUUCUAAUUUACAUUUCACUGGCAUUAUAAAAAUUAGAAUCAUCUUCAGAUUUUUAACAGUAAAAUUAAGUAUUUCUUGGAAACCAUGCUAGAAUUGAGAUUCCUUAAUGACCACAAUCACUGUAUUUUAGAGAUUAUUUUUAAUUUGAAAAGUGAGCAUUUGCAGUAUAGGAAUAAAAGUUGUUUAUAAAAACUUGUCAGACUAGCUAGCACUCAGCUAGAAUGCCAGAUUUUUUUUGCAAGUCUAAAGGACUAAAAAUAUAUUCCAAUUGAAAUAUGAAUAUUUCUAUACCUAUUUUGGGUUUUGAUUUUUUGCCUUGACUUAAUUUUGCCUUGACUUAUUUGAUGGCUUUUUGUUAUGACUUUUUUCUUUUUUUCUUCUAUUUUCAUUAUUAAGUCUGUUUCUUCCAAGCAGGAUGGCUUUCCUUCUCAAAACAUUGUGUGGAGCUGUAUAACUGUCAGAUCAAUCUUUAGGGACAUUGACAACCCCCAGUUAAAAAUACAAAUCAAAUAAAUACUGGUUCAUAGACAAAAGAUUCAAGAAUACCUUGAUUGUAAAGGGGGAAAUAUGGCUAAAUUUAUAUUGUGGUUGGUUAAAGCUCAUUGACACAUUUGUAUAUUGUCUGAUCUAAUAAAUGGUUUAUUAAAAAUAAAACUGAUAACAAUUAUUUAUAUACAUUGCAUUGUGUUUAUUAUAUCUUGUUUAUCUCCCUAACUAUGGGAAGCCAUAUUUCUUUUAUAACAUCAUUUUUAGCUCCUUUUUUUCCCCAGCAAAAAAUACUGAUACUGCCCUUGCUGGUUUUCUAUGGCACCAUCUGUAACAUUCAUCUCUUCAAAAUAACUCCCCUUUUCAGCACCAAUGAUGCUAGGCACAUUUUCCCCCCAUAUGAGUUGAUCUCUGAUUCUAAAUGGCUCAUGCAUCCCAAAAAGAAAAGGAGAAAUGAAUUCCAAAAGGAGCAGCAGAGGAAUAGAAAUUUGAAAUCAGUGUGUUGGUAAGAAAACUGAGGACCAAAGAGGGAAAGUGGCUUGCCCAAAGUUGAACAGCAAAAUGGAUAUCCCAAAUUCUCCCACCUCCAAAUGUAUCACUUACUGGAAGAGAAAAGUUAAGUCUGAGUAUAUGCGACUUCGACAGCUCAAACGGUUUCAGGCAAAUAUGGGUGCAAAGGCCCUGUUUGUGGCCAAUUUUGCAAAAGUUCAAGAAAAAACUCAGAUCCUCAAUGAAGACUGGAAGAGGCUCCGAAUCCAGCCUGUUCAAUUGAUGAAGCCUGUGAGUGGGCAUCCUUUCCUCAAAAAGUGUACUGUAGAAAGCAAUUUUCCAGGAUUUGACAGCCAGGAUAUGUUAAUGAGAUCUCUGAAUACAGUUGCAUUGGUACCCAUCAUGUAUUCCUGGUCUCCUCUCCAGCAAAAUUUCAUGGUGGAAGAUGAGACUGUUUUGUGCAAUAUUCCCUACAUGGGAGAUGAGGUUAAAGAAGAAGAUGAAACUUUCAUUGAAGAACUGAUCAAUAACUAUGAUGGGAAAGUCCAUGGGGAAGAAGGUAGACACAUAGGGCUCUCUGGGGCAGAGAUGAUCCCAGGUUCUGUCCUGAUCAGUGAUGCUGUGUUCUUGGAGUUGGUUGAUGCCCUGAAUCAGUACUCGGAUGAGGAAGAGGAGGGGCACAAUAAUGACUCUUCUGAAGGGAAACAGGAAGACAACAAGGAAGAGUUGCCAGUUCUUAGGAAAAGAAAACGACUCACCAUUGAAGGUUCUGAUAAUAGCCCCCAGAAGCUUUCUGUCAUUUUUGGUUCAGGCAACAAAAAGAGUUCCAAGAAACAAUUUCCAAAUGACAUGAUCUUCAGUGCCAUUUCUUCCAUGUUCCCUGAGAAUGGUGUUCCAGAUGACAUGAAAGAGAGGUAUCGCGAACUCACAGAGGUGUCGGACCCCAAUGUUUUGCCUCCCCAGUGCACCCCAAACAUCGAUGGCCCUUGUGCCAAGUCUGUGCAGCGAGAACAGUCACUGCAUUCCUUCCACACACUCUUCUGCCGACGUUGCUUCAAAUAUGACUGCUUCCUUCACCCUUUUCAUGCCACACCUAAUGUAUACAAACGGAAGAACAAAGAAAUCAAGAUUGAACCAGACCCAUGUGGAUUGGACUGCUUUCUGUGGCUGGAAGGAGCAAAGGAAUAUGCCAUGCUUCACAAUCCACGCUCAAAAUGCUCUGGGCGUCGAAGACGUCGACACCAAGUGGUCAAUGCUUCUUCCACCAACACUUCCACCUCUGCUGUGGCUGAGACAAAAGAGGGAGACAGUGACAGGGACACAGGAAAUGACUGGGCUUCCAGCUCUUCAGAGGCCAACUCUCGGUGUCAGACACCUACCAAACAAAAGGCCAGCCCUGCCCCGCCUCAGCUCUGUGUAGUGGAAGCACCCCUAGAACCUGUGGAAUGGACUGGAGCUGAGGAGUCCCUCUUCAGAGUGUUCCAUGGGACCUAUUUCAACAACUUCUGUUCAAUAGCCAGGCUCCUGGGGACUAAAACGUGCAAGCAGGUCUUCCAGUUUGCAGUCAAAGAGUCACUUAUCUUGAAGUUGCCAACAAAUGAGCUCAUGAACCCCUCACAGAAGAAGAAAAGAAAACACAGGCUGUGGGCUGCACACUGCAGAAAGAUUCAGCUCAAGAAAGAUAACUCCGCCACACAGGUGUACAACUACCAACCCUGUGACCAUCCAGACCGUCCCUGCGACAGCACCUGCCCCUGCAUCAUGACCCAGAAUUUCUGUGAGAAGUUCUGCCAGUGCAACCCAGACUGUCAAAACCGAUUCCCAGGCUGCCGCUGCAAGACCCAGUGUAACACCAAACAGUGUCCCUGCUACCUCGCUGUUCGGGAAUGUGACCCCGACCUGUGUCUCACCUGUGGGGCCUCAGAGCACUGGGACUGCAAGGUGGUCUCCUGCAAGAAUUGCAGUAUCCAGCGUGGUCUUAAGAAGCACCUGCUGCUGGCCCCCUCAGAUGUGGCUGGAUGGGGCACCUUCAUCAAAGAGUCUGUACAGAAGAAUGAAUUCAUUUCUGAAUAUUGUGGCGAGCUUAUCUCUCAGGAUGAGGCUGACCGGCGGGGAAAGGUCUAUGACAAGUACAUGUCCAGCUUUCUCUUCAACCUCAACAACGAUUUUGUGGUGGACGCCACCCGGAAAGGAAAUAAAAUUCGAUUUGCAAACCACUCAGUGAAUCCCAAUUGCUAUGCCAAAGUGGUGAUGGUGAAUGGAGAUCAUCGGAUUGGAAUCUUUGCCAAAAGAGCCAUCCAGGCUGGGGAAGAACUCUUUUUUGAUUACAGGUACAGCCAAGCCGAUGCCCUCAAAUAUGUGGGGAUUGAGAGGGAGACAGAUGUCCUCUAGUCUUUCUGGGCCCCAACUUCCAGUGCCUCUAACAGUGCUGCCUCUGCUUUCAUGCUCACAUUGUGGCUGCUUCAGUCUUCUGCACUGUCUCCUAUACUCAGAAACCCUCUCUUCUUACCCCCUUUGUAGUGAAGCAGUGGGGGAGAAGUUCUUUGUCUCAGUCAGAGUGAAGUCUGGGGGCAUGUAGGACUCGGAUUCUCAGGAAAGAAAGAGACAAGGGCAAGGAGGUGUGGGGGAGUGCCUCCUCCCAGCUCAGAGGCAGACAGUAAAGGCUAGGGAACUGAUAAUGCUAACUUGGUUUCCUGUUAGCUCCCUUUGCUGGGGGCCAGACCUAGGGCAGUAUCUAUGGGGAUUAGAAAGUCAGCAAAGGCACUGUCUUAUCUUAGAUCUGUAAAAUCAAGAUCCUUCAAAUAGUUAGGUCCCCAGCACCCUCUCUUCUCUGACCCUAGAACCCGGGAAGGAUGGUAGCAGUGAAUAGGACUGGAAACCAGAGUCAUAGAAGGUCAGGGCAAAGUGUGUCCUGACAGUACAGACAAUUUAAGAAGGGGGUUGAGUCUUCUUGCUACCUCUUAACUUUCUUCCCCAUUGCCUGGUGGCAAAGGUUAGCUCAAUCUGACCAAAUAGAAGUUGCCAAGAAGAUCGAAGUGUUGCUUCCUAAUUAGGCUAGGUGUGAAAGGGGCUGUGCUCUCUCCUCACUGUUCAGGGAAGAACUGGGCUGAUGACAGGACUUGAGGGGUAGGAGCCUUGGAAGAAGGUUUUGUCCAUGAAGAUGGACUGAUAUUUUCAGACUUCCAGGAAGGAGUGUCAAGUUCCCUACUGCCUCCUUUGCCACUUAUCAGGCUCUUUGGAGUGUCAUGCUGCUGAAAUGUUGAAGAGUGUAAGGGAGGGAGUUGGGGGGGGGGGGGGAAGAGAGAAUGUGAAAAUGUAUGAGUAUGUAUAUUGGGACCUAUUUUGUUCUAGCUUCUUUCCCCUCCCUUCCCCGCCCCCCCCCCAGACCAGACUAAAGGGGCCACUUAAGUAUCUCUUCAGGGUGCAAAGGUCCAGGUACAGAUUGGGGGUAGAGGAGUAGGGACACACAGGAUGCAGAUAUAAUUUGCUUUCCUGAUUUUGGCACCUUGUUUGAAAUUGGUGGAUUGGUAGGUAUGUAUGGGGGUGGGGACUUAACAUGCAUGUGUGUAGAGAUGUCCAUACAUGUAAUUAUAAACUGGCAGUGCAUGGAUGUGGGACUAGUGGAGCUUCUGUUGCUGUUAAGUAUUAUAAGGCAGCUAGGUCCUCUCAAAGGAAACUUGCCAGCAAAGCACUUUAACUGUUUCCUUUAGAAGACCUGGAGGCGUGGGUGGGAAUAGGGAUUAAACUGUGGUCCCUGGGAUCCCACCCCAAACCUAGUUUCUGAGGAGAAGGAGGUUGCUUUCCGUGCAUCCAAUUCCCUUGGGGAGCUAAGAGAAGUUGUGUUGACAGAGGGAUCUAGUCACGGUGAGAGUGGGGCCAACCAAGGAGAUGUGUGUCUGGCAGUUUUGCUGAGCUGGCAGGGAACUGGGGAGCGCCUCUGUGCUUAGGUGGAAAGGACAUGGGCAAGUCCAGACUGGCCUAGGGAGUGUCUAAUGAGGGUGCAAGGCUUUCCCCCUCUUUCUUUAGGGAGGAAGUGCCUUUCUCCUUGAUCUGGACUGAUCAUUCUCUUCCUGGCCUUCUACCCUUAGGUGUGUCAUGUUAGAUCGGGGUGGAGUUCCUUCUGGCCAUUUUAGUCAGGGGCAACCAUGCUUCUUAUGGACAUUCUCAAAUCACCUUCUCAGCCAGUUCAACUGGCCAUCUGCCCCCUUUUCUCACCCCCAUCCCCAGCUGCCCCUCAAACAUUCCUAGCUAGCUCUUGGCAGGGGCUAGAUGUUUAGCCAGCCAGCCUUCAAAGUGAUUUUGAAGUCAAGGACUGCUGUGUGAUGAAGGGAAUACUCUCCCUUUCCCACCACCACAAACUACUAUGGGCACUGACUUGCUCCUAGAUUAGAGGGGAAACCCAGAGACAUUUGUCAUCAAUUCAAAAAGCCUGAACAGCUCAGCCUUUUUUCUCCUUUGUUGGAGUGGGUUUUUUGAGGAGUGGUCUCUAGAUUAAGCAGCCAUAUACUGGCCAGGAGAGGGGUGGGGGAGGGCAGGGUUUUUGUGCCAUGGUUGGGAUCAAAGGAACUUUUACCACCCUUCUUUCAGGCUCUCUCUGGUUUCCAAAGUCACUGGAGUUUAUCCCUCUUAUCUCAUUCAAUCCUUCUUAGAUCCUUAGGAUUCCCUGCCACCCGAAACCUCUCUUCUCAGUUUCCUCUUUUCAGGAACGGGACAAGGAGGCUUGAUGGCAGUGGGGCUUUGUUGCCAGCGAAUCUCAUGCACUUUAAAAUCCUGUGGCUUGUGACCCCCUCAUCAGAAUAAAGUGGUAGAAAUUA